GAAUGCAUUCCUGUUUCUGGAUGCUAAUUGUUUCACGAGAGAUGGCAUUCCUCGAACCCGCCUUGCUUGUAGAGUGAAGACCAAAUAGGGAGAGAUAAAGGGGUCAUCCCGAUUUUAGUCCUCCGCCGGCCUCUAACCCUAGUAUUGCCAUUCUCUUUUAAGGAAAAAAAAAAAAAAAGGAGAAAGAUCUUCUCUCCGGAAAACCCUAACCGGCUAACCGUAGAUUCCUUCUUUUCUUUUGUUUUUAAUCGGAAAUUUCAGUCAGAGAGGCAGGCGUAGAUGGGCAAGAAGGAAAGAGCCAAGGAACGAAGGGAGAAGAGAAUGCAAGAAAUAUCCAUUCUCAGGACCAUUCCUUACUCCGAUCACCAGAGAUGGUGGUCUACAGAAACCAUUGCUGUGGUUACUGGUGGUAAUAGAGGAAUUGGAUUUGAGAUUUCGAGACAACUUGCAAUGCAUGGAAUGACCGUCAUCUUGACUUCAAGAGACGUUUCUGUUGGCCUUGAAGCAGCUAAGGUCUUACAGGAGGGUGGCUUGAAUGUUGCCUUUCAUCAACUGGAUGUCUUGGAUGCUUUAUCCAUCAAACAGUUUGCUGAUUGGCUGCUACAAAACUAUGGUGGUUUGGAUAUUCUGAUAAAUAAUGCUGGAGUCAAUUUCAAUCUUGGGUCUAGUAAUUCGGUAGAGUUUGCUCAGAUGGUUAUUGAAACUAACUAUUAUGGCACCAAAAAUAUGACUCAAGCAAUGAUCCCCUUGAUGAAACCGUCGUCUGCUGGUGCUCGCAUUGUUAAUGUCAGCUCAAGAUUGGGCAAGCUGAAUGGCAGGCGGAAUAGAGUGGAAAAUGUAGCAUUUAGAGGACUACUAAGCAAUUUGGAUACACUCACAGAAGAAGCAAUUGAUAGGAUGUUGUCUACUUUUUUGCAUCAAGUAGAAGAUGGAAGUUGGGAAACUGGCGGGUGGCCGCAGUUGUCAACUGACUACUCCGUGUCAAAGCUUGCAGUCAAUGCAUACACCAGGUUAAUGGCAAAAAAAUUCACUGACCAACCUGAGGGUCAUAAGAUUUAUGUGAACUGCUACUGUCCUGGUUGGGUGAAAACUGCUAUGACAGGAUUUGCUGGGAAUGUUUCUGCUGAGGUAGGGGCUGACACUGGUGUAUGGCUUGCCUUACUUCCAGAUCAGGCAGUGGCAGUGGCAGGUAAAUUUUUUGCAGAGCGACGGGAGAUAAGCUUCUGAGAGAAUUAGUCUGAAGAUGAAAACAGGGUUGAAGAUCAAAUUACGCAGCAAGCAAUCCAAGAAUUUGUGAAAUCGAUUGUGCUUUGGGAGCCAGAAACUGUGUCGCGGAAGUGGAGACGGAUAAGUUAUAAACAACCUUAGAGUUUGAUUAUAGGAAGAGACUUGUCAACCUCUUCCAUUAUCGAUUCUCAUUCCUCAAUUGGUAUGCUGUUAAUUUUAGCUUUAAUUUCCCACGAGAAAAAGUGGGGUUGGAGCAAGAGAUACGGUUGUCUAGGAACUUCAUUUCAAAUCAUGUAGAAUGAGUUCCAGUUGCUUAAAUUAAUAGCAAUGGUAUCAAAGAAUGCUAUGAGAUUACUUGAUACUUCUGCA